CACACACGGACCCGCAGCAGACGGUCUCACACCCACCUGGACUCCAGCAUCGUUUCUGAACAUCUGUGAAAGGUCAUGGCGUGGGGAGGUUCGGGAGAGCGCGCGGCGGUGCAGCUCGGCCUGAUUAACGCGGAGGAUAAGUACCUGACCGCGGAGGCGUUCGGCUUCAAGGUGAGCGCGUGCGCCACGUCCAUGCGGAAGAAGCAGGUGUGGACCCUGGAGCCGGCGGACCCGGCGGGAGACUCGGGCUCGGUGCUCCUGCGCAGUCACCUGGGCCGGUACCUCUCCGCCGACAAGGACGGCAACGUGACGGCUGAGCGCGAGCGCCCCGCCCCGGACUGCCGCUUCUGCGUGACGGCGCACGCGGACGGCCGCUGGUCGCUGCGCUCCGAGGCGCACGCGCGCUACCUGGGCGGCACCGAGGACCGCGUGCUGUGCGGCGGGACCGAGGAGAAGUGGUGCGUGCACCUGGCCACGCACCCGCAGGUCAACCUGUACAGCGUCGCGCGCAAACGCUACCUGCACGCGCAGCCGCAGCAGCCCGGGCGCGCGGAGCUGGCGGCGGACCGUGACGCGCCGUGGGGCGUGGGCUCCGUGCUCACGCUGGUGUACCGGGACCGCCGCUACCACCUGCAGACCGCCGGCGGCCGCUUCCUCUCCGGCUCUGGCGCGCUGCUCCCCGAGACGCGGGGCGACACCGGCUUCACGCUGGAGUUCGGCGCGAGCACCGUGGCGUUCCGGGACGCGGCCGGGAAAUACCUGGCGCCCUCCGGUCCGAGCGGCGCGGUCAAGGCGGGGAAGAGCGUCCGCGGGGGCAAGGACGAGGCGAUGGUGCUGGAGAGGAGCCGCGGUCAGGUGGUGCUCACCGCCAGUAACGACCGGAACGUGUCCAUGCGCCAGGGCGUCGAUCUGUCGGCCAAUCAGGAUGCAGAGUCGGACCAGGAAGUCUUCCAGAUGGAGGUGGACCCCGAGUCGAAGCGCUGUGCCUUCAGGGCCUGCAACGGGAAAUACUGGAGUCUGACUCCGAGCGGAGCGAUUCAGUGCACCGCGUCUGAAAAAUCAGCCAGCUGCUUCUUCGAGCUGGAGUGGAAAGGAGCGAAGGUCACGCUCAAGGCCAGUAACGGCAAGUACUUAGCUGCCAAGAAGAACGGUCAGCUGACCGCCUCUGUGGACUCUGCAGGUGAACAGGAGGAGUUCGUUCUGAAACUUAUCAAUCGCCCGCUAAUAGUUCUGCGUGGAGAAGACGGCUUCAUCGGAUGUCGUAAGCAAGGCACCGGAACUCUGGACUGCAACCGUUCUUCCUACGACGUCUUCCAGCUCGAGUUUAAUAACAACGCGUACUGUUUUCGAGACUCCACAGGGAAGUACUGGAUGGUGGAGCCCAAUGGCGUAGUCGUGAGCAGCAGCGACACUCCAGUCUACUUCCUGUUUGAGUUCUGUGAUUAUAACCGAGUGGCCAUUAAGACACAACAGGGCCUUUAUCUGAAGGGAGACCAUGCUGGGGUGUUAAAGGCUAAUGCACAGGGCAUCGCUAACGCUACGCUGUGGGAGUACUAACACACACACACACAUGCUUUUGAAAGUGACUAACCGUAUGUUCACACUAGCGUCACACAGGCGACUGCUCGUUUUUCUGCAUCCGUGUUUAGUUCCUAUUCGCAGUUUACAGCUUGAUGCUCGAAAAAUAAAAAAACGGACACAGUUUGAUGUCUUGUUAAAUGUCUACAGAAAUACUUGGAAUAAAAUAAAAGCUUGGAAAGAAUUAGGAAAGAGAUUGUUGGCGCCCCUGGUGAUUGUAUGUAGCUAUUACAGUUAGCUUGCUUCGCUAAUUUAAUCUAAGAACACAGCUUGUACAAGAAAUGUGCAAAAAAAAUUAUGUGUUUAAAUUUCUUUAAGACAAGUUUACUUUUAGACAUCCAGUAGGUGUAUAGGUCUAUAUAAGCUGCUACGAUUGUCUCCUGUUAGCGUGAACAUACGGUUACAGCUAUCUGCCGUGUUGUCAUGUGACCUAUUUCAGACAUUAAUAUAAUGUGUAGACGAUAUCAAUAAGAUUCGUAAUGUGAAUAUGAAGCACAAAACAACCGCAUUAGUGUAGAUUUAAUCUAAUUUUAAAAAAGCACACACACACACACACUUAAAAGUAUGUCGAAUUACGCAGUACAAUAUUUAUGCAUUGGGAACUAGCGACGAAAUAUCGUUUUUUCCAUCCACAUGUCUAAAAAUAAAACUCACAUCAUUACAGUUUGUAAAAUAGAAACGAUCCAUCUUGACUUGUAGGAGUGUAACGCCUCUGUCUCACUAACCGUCAGUAUCUGGAUUUUAAACACGAAGUGGGCAUGGCCUAAAUAGAAGCUGUGUUUAAAGAUGAAUCCUACAAUCUCUGCCCCUGGACACACCCAAAAGGGCGUGUGAGAAGCCCAGAUGUGAAAGCGUGAGCAGCGUCAUUAUACUUUUAAACCUCAGACUCAUCGCUUAUUAUCAUUACUUUACUUAAUGGAUACUUCGAAAAUAUUUUCAAAAAACUGCAGUUAGACGAUUAGGCGUCACAGGUAGACGAUUGGGCGUCAAUGUUCCAUUCAAUUCAACUCAGCCGUACUACUGUUUAAUGUCUGAUGUGUCUCACGCAGCUGGAGGUCUUACAAGUAAGAAAAACUUGCCUUGUUAUUGUUUAAAUUACACGCCUCUUAUAUAACACACUUUGUAACAGGUUUGUAUUUUCAGCAAAUGCUGUGUUGUGGUUUUAAGGAAUUUGUCAAUUUUAAAUUUUUUUAUAUUUUUACAUUUAUGUUAAAAAUUUUAAAACAUAACUCGAUUCUGCAUCAAAAACUAUCCCAUUAAUUUAAUGAAACAUAUCGAUUGGAACCAACGAUUGUUUAAAAUGUAUAGCUCUAGUUUUUCAGUCUGUAGAAAACAACUCGCAUUAUGCAAUGUUUGCAUUCUCCCCCCCCAAAAAAAAUAUACAUUUUUAAAAAAAAUCAGUCUGUUACAUUGUUGUUGUUAAUAUAUCAUACGUUUUUUGAUUGACCAUUCUGUAUUUACUAAGACACACAGGUCUGUUCAUUGUGCAAAGAAAUGCACAGGCUAGCAUGUUUGGCUAGCAGCUAAAGAAGCAAAUGAAAUAAAAAAAAAUGUGCUCCAAAUAAAAAGUGAAUACUUAGUCCCGGUUUGACUUUAAUUUAGUUUGACAUAUUUAAAUAUGAUGGAACUGAGUUUUCCCUUAAUUUCUUUUGAGCAGUAUGAAUUCAACCAAAGUGGUGCGAAAAUGUUUUAAUUCACCUGUUUACCCGCUAACUGCUAGCUCAUUUCUUCGCCAUUUAAACAGUCUUUUAUUGUUCAAUCGAGAGGAUCGUCUUAGAUGCAGAAUCGAGACGCUUUUUUUUUUUACAUACACUAAAAAUUUAAAAAUAUUAAAAGCUCUAAAAUUGACACAUUUUCUUUUAUAGCGUUUCCAGAACAUACAAAACUCAAACUUGCUAAUAUUUGCAAAUGUUUUUUGUAAGAUUAUUUCUUUUAUUAUUGUUCGGCUGCUGCAAUACUGCCACCUGCAGGUGUUUUUUUUUUUUUUACUAGUAUAGUUGUAGGUGGAGGUGUCAGAGUAAGUUCUAAAGAGAAUGUUUUCAUUCUGACAGGUUUCCCCAGACUGACACACUCGUCUUUGAUGCCAAUGAUCAAUGGCCUGUCGAGUAAAUAUUAUAUGUAGUGUAACCUUAAACAUUUUAGAGCCAACCCAUUUGUCAUGUGGGAGUGUUCUGACUUAAGGAAAUAACAAUAUGAAGCGUAAGCACAAUGCAUUAUGGGUAGACCCUCAGGCGCUAUCAUCAGCACCAUGACCGUUAAAAGCCGCGGUCGA